AUAUGAGAACCCAUACAGGAGAAAAACCCUACAAGUGUGAUCAGUGUGACUUUUCUACUGCAUACAAAAAUACCUGGACAUUCAUCUAACAAAGCACAGUGGGAACAAACCCUACAUGUGUGGGGAGUGUGGAUACAGGGCAGCUGUUAAGUCUAUCUUAUCCCAACAUAUGCGAACCCACAAAGGAGAAAAACCCUACAAAUGUGACCAGUGUGAUUAUUCUGCAGCACGGAAACAGUACUUGGACAACCAUCUAAAAAGCCACACUGGAGACAAACCCUACAUGUGUGGGGAGUGUGGGUACAGGACAGUUAAAAAGUCUACUUUAUCUUCACAUAUGAGGACCCAUACAGGAGAAAAACCCUACAAGUGUGACCAGUGUGACUAUUCCGCAGCAGAGAAAAAGUACUUGAAAAACCAUAUAAGAAACCACACUGGAGACAAACCCUACAUGUGUGGGGAGUGUGGAUACAGGACAGCUCACAAGUAUGGCUUACCCCAACAUAUGAGAACCCAUACAGGAGAAAAACCCUACAAGUGUGAUCAGUGUGACUUUUCUGCAGCACAGAAAUCCAGUUUUGACCAACAUCUCACAAAACACACUGGUGAGAAACCCUACAUGUGUGAGGAAUGUGGGUAUAGGACUGGUUACAGAUCUACCUUAACCAAACAUAUGAGAACCCACACAGGAGAAAAACCCUACAAAUGUGACCAGUGUGACUUUUCUGCAGCACAGAAAGGUUACUUGGACGAACAUCUCACAAAACACACUGGAGAAAAACCCUACAUGUGUGAGGAGUGUGGACACAGGACAGCUUACAGGUCUGCUCUAACCCAACAUAUGAGAACCCAUACGGGAGAAAAACCCUACAAAUGUGGCCAGUGUGACUAUUCUGCAGCAGAGAAAUCUACCUUAACCCAACAUAUGAAAACCCACACAGGAGAAAAGCCCUACAUGUGUGAGGAGUGUGGAUACAGGACAGCUUACAAGUCUAACUUAUCCAAACAUAUGAAAACCCACACAGGAGAAAAGCAUGGAUGAAAAAGGAUGAUGCAAAUUACUGACGAAAGCAAGUGGACGCUACCUGAAACGUCUUGAGGUUUCCAAAAUCACGUCCAGUUGCUUUUUGGCAUGUCUUAUUACCUUCACUGACGUAUGUUCAGUGAUGCUUCUUAAUAAAAAGUAGUGUCCCUUUGUGGCAAAAUCACCGAAAACGGUUUAUAACAUAUCUAAAGUUAAAACUUGAGAUCCAACACAAAGAAGUUCUCUCACCUAGGGCUUUCGACCAGUCACUCUGGUCUUCCUCAGUAGACUGACCCAGUCAGGCUUGUCACGUGGCUUCUUUGAACUUGUGACAUUAACACACUGUUGUAUGAGAAAUAAAGGAAGUGACAGCAAGUGA